AUUUGGCUUUCCUGUAGUGACGAAAGUCUUGACUGCGCGAUUUGCGCAUGUGUGAAGGGAGGUUGGUCACAUCCGGGAUUUCUGGGAGGAAGAUGGCGGCGAGGAGGUGAAGAGGCCAUCGGCAGGCAUUUCAGUAGCAAGACACUGGCACCGUCUGUGGUACUAAGAGUCGUCCAGUAGUGUCCGAUAUCUGACCGCCAUCAUGUCAGGGGCCGGAAGUAAGCGAGCCUCGAGCGACAAUGGCUCUGGCCCUUCAGAAAAGAAACCAAAUCUUGAAGCCAAGACGCCCACUACUUUAAUUGAGCCCAUACGACUAGGGGGCAUCUCCUCAACAGAGGAGAUGGAUAUGAAAGUCCUGCAGUUCAAGAACAAGAAACUGGCGGAACGCCUGGAGCAGAGGCAGGGCUUUGAAGAUGAACUCCGGGAGAAGAUCGAGAAGCUGGAGAAAAGACAGGCUACUGACGACGCUACUUUGCUCAUUGUGAACCGUUAUUGGAGCAAGCUGGAUGAGGAUGUUCACGUGCUGCUAAAGCGUUAUGAUUCCGAGCCAAGUAAGCAGAGUGCUGCGCCUAGCGCUGCUACCGAGGAACCAGAGAGUGCCAAGGAGACUGCCAUGGAAACAGACGAGAGUGCAGAGGGCUCACAGCCCCCACCAACCCAAGAAAUCAAAGCAGCUUCCCCGGAACCUCCCCCCGCUCCUCCUUUCUCUACCGGAGCGUUGCCAGAAUCUUCUUUGACCUUCUUAGCCACAUUAGCCCACUGUACCAAAGAGGAGAUUGAGCUGAAGCUUCAAGAACGCAUGGAGUUUAGCAAGAAGGCUGUAUCCUGUGUUCUGGAAACUUCUAACAAGCUCCACUGCCGAACGGAAGAGCUAUGUGACCGAAUCCACAAAGGCGAUUUCGAUCACUUGGGGGAAUCGCCUAAAAAACUGAACAAAGAACUUAUCACUGAGAACCGUAGGCUGCAGGACCUCGCUACUGUGCUACAGGAGAAGCAUCACCGACUCUCCCUGCAGCAUCAUGAGCUCCAGGACCGUGCAACUUCAACAGAGACCAAGGUGUCCGAGAUGGAGAGGACCAUUGAGGACCUGCAGUGGGACAUUGAGAAAUUACGCAAGCAUGAACAGAAGCUAAACCGUCAUCUGGCAGAGGCCCUGGAGCAGCUAAAUUCUGGAUACCACAUCUCUGGAAGUUCUGGAAGUUUCCAGGGAGGACAGACUACCCUAAGUAUGCAAAAGUUUGAAAUGUUGAAUGCAGAACUCGAUCAGAACCAGGAACUUGCAAACAGUCGGAUUUCCGAGCUGGAAAAACUGCAGAAUGAACUACAGGCAGCUGUCAGGCUAAAGGAGAAGCUAAAGCUGGACCUGCGGACAUUGCCUGAGGAAGCGGUACGAAACACGCAGGAUUUCCGCUGCUUGCAGUCUCAAUUCUCUCUCCUGUACAAUGAGUCUCUGCAAGUAAAGACCCAGUUGGAUGAGGCCCGAGCGCUGCUGUUAAGCACCAAGAACAGCCACCUGAGACAGAUUGAACGCAUGGAGAGCGAGGAGCUGUCUGUACAAAAGAAACUGCGCACUGAAGUGAUCCAGUUGGAGGAUACGCUCGCCCAGGUGCGCAAAGAAUAUGAAAUGCUGAGGAUAGAGUUUGAGCAGAACCUGGCAGCCAAUGAGCAAGCAGGUCCUAUUAAUAGGGAGAUGCGGCAUCUCAUUGGAAGCCUCCAAAACCACAACCACCAACUGAAGGGAGAUGUGCAAAGAUACAAGCGCAAGGUGCGAGAUUCCCAGGCAGAGGUGAGCAAGCUGCGUUUUCAAAUCGGCGGACCACCCUGUCCUCAGCCUGGAUCUUCAGGAUCGGAACCAACGACCCCCGUUACUGUCAAAGAGGAAGAAGUAGAAGUGAAGAAAGAACCCCUUGCAGUCGUGCCACGAGAGCCUGAGACUCCCACUACCCCUGAAGUAAAAAAGGAGGAGGAAGAGCAAAAGAAAGAGGCAGCAGAGCGGACCAAAGCCCGGGAGAGGGAGGCGGAACGGGAGCGAGACAAAGAUCGGGAAAGAGACAAGGAAAAGGAAAGGGAGCGUGAGAAAGACAAGCAGAAAACAGAUGAGAGCAAAAGGAAAGACUGCGACAUUCUGAAACAGCUCCGGGCAGAGCUCAAGAAGGCCCAGGAGAGCCAGAAAGAGAUGAAGCUGCUGCUCGAUAUGUACAAAUCUGCCCCCAAAGAGCAGAGAGACAAGGUGCAGCUGAUGGCAGCGGAGAGAAAGACCAAGGCCGAGAUGGAGGAGCAGCGCACGCGGGUGCAAGCUCUUGAGGAGAAAGACAAGAGGGAGAGGAAGAAACUUGCAGAUGAAGAAGCACUGAGGAAAAUUAAGAUGGCUGAGGAACAAAUAGACCAUUUACAGAGGAAACUGACUGCCACCAAACAGGAGGAGGAGGCCUUACUGUCAGAGAUGGACGUGACGGGCCAGGCGUUUGAGGACAUGCAAGAACAGAAUAUUCGUCUGAUGCAGCAGCUCCGUGAGAAGGACGACGCCAACUUCAAACUGAUGUCCGAGAGGAUCAAAUCCAACCAGAUACACAAACUCCUGAGGGAAGAGAAGGAGGAGCUGGCUGAGCAAGUGCAAGGGCUGAAAGCCCAGGUGGAUGCUCAGCUGUUACAGGUACAGAAACUGGAGGAGAGAGAGCGCCUCUUACACACGUCUUUGACUUCCAUUGAGAAGGAAGUCACUCUUAGAACACAGUCACUGGAACUGAACAAGAGGAAGGCAGUCGAGGCAGCCCAGCUCGCCGAAGACCUGAAAGUGCAAAUGGAGCAUGUAGGGGAAACGCUUAGGGAUACCCAGAACUUUGUAUGUGAGAACCGAAGCGCUAAAGAAAAGGAGUCCUUUAGUCUCAAAAGAGCUCAGGAGGAUGUAUCUCGGCUGCGAAGGAAACUGGAAAAGCAGAAGAAGAUGGAGGUUUAUGCAGAUGCUGACCAAAUCCUACAGGAAGAGAUUAAAGAGUACAGGGCCCGACUCACUUGCCCUUGCUGUAACACUCGGAAAAAGGACGCCGUCCUCACCAAGUGCUUUCACGUCUUCUGCUUCGAGUGCGUGAAGACCCGAUACGAGUCCCGGCAGCGCAAGUGCCCCAAGUGCAACGCAGCCUUCGGAGCCCACGACUUUCACCGGAUUUACAUCAAUUAAGGGGCGACGCGGUAGGCUCUGCGAUUAACAUUGGCACAAGGUGCAUCCGUUUGGACCGUAAUGUGAUGGAAGUCCGUGAUUGGUUACCCAAACAAACUGAUGCCCCAGUAUCUGGCAAUCCCACCAAUGGCUGGGAUGUACUCCUCAGUCACCCUCAUUUUAAGGGGUUGGACAAGGAUCCCCAUGAAUGGGGAGAGGGGGAGAAGUGGGCAAGUAAUGUCUGUUCAGAGUGGACAAUAAAGAGACCCGUAGGACCAAGCUGUUUGGCGGAACCUUCAGUGUUGUGAAUUUGUGCGACUGGAUCGGUGCGACUGGAUCUAAGAGAUUGCACUUUUUUUUUUUUAUAUCACACAGUAGCGCCCAGCCGCUGGGGCAUGUGGAACACAACUGCUCGGUGCCGUGCUUUUCUUGUUUACAGCCUUGAAUGACAGAAGAAGCCCUAUGUUCCCAACCAGGCAGCCCGUUCCUAUAAUAUAAGCCUCCGACGUCAUGCCUGCGGAACUAUUUUAUUUAAAGGGGAAGUUCACCUUUCUAGUAUGAUGUAGACUGCCAUUGUCUACAUGGUACUAAAAGUUAAUAUGACUGUGGGGUUCAUGGCACACUAUGCGUAUAUCAGCCAGCUGACGAGCCCAUAGCAACCUGCCCCUGCUCCCGCUGACUUAAAUGGGUUACUGGUGACAGCAGGGACAUGGCCAUGUUUUCAGGCCCACACUUGUAUUUCCGUCUGUAUCUUAUUUAAGUCAAUGGGGAGUGAAAGCUGGCAGUCUUUUCAUGUGACUGCAGCGGCCUCUGGCUCAGUAAUGCACUGCGUGCCGUAACCCUGGAGUCUAAAAGCCUGAAUGUCAUUUGCAGUACCACUACUUACCUGUUCUGCUGGGCGGCGAUCGUUUGCCUUAGGCUUCCAUAGAAUAAAGCCACUCGUUAAGAUAAAU